CUCCACACUUAUCGGAUGAUGAUUGGAGGUGGCUCAUCCACUUUUGGAGUACACCUGAGGCCAAGGAUAUCUCAGAAAAAAACAAGGCAAAUAGGGCAAAGCAAGUGAUAAAGCAUACAUCGGGAUCAAAAAGUUAUGCUCAAAUUUGAUAUGAACAGGUUGGAAAUUUAUUAUUAAUAUGAUUUGUUUGUACAUAAAUAAUUCAUCAUAAAUAACUCAAUUGUUUUACUUGUAAGAAUAGGCACAAAAGAAAGAGGAUCGAAGUGAGCCUAAUAGAAUUGAGAUGUUUGCCUUGACACACACAAGAAAAGAUGGGACACCUGUUGAUGAUCAUUCUAAGGAGAUUAUGGAUCAAUUUCAGCAAUUACUAUCCCAACCUGAAGGGACAUCUUCUUUUACUUCUGCAUCAUUUGGAGCAUCUACAUCUAUAUCAUCUACAUCUGUAGCAUCUACAUAUGUAGAUGAGAUAUAUACUCGAGUCAUGGGUCCAGAGAGACAUGGUCGUGUUCGAGGGUAUGGAUUUGGUCCUACUCCUACCUUAGUCUUUGGUUCUACUAGUAGAAAGCGAUCAGGAGCUAUUCUUUCAACACAACUUGAAAAUGCCCAAGAGAUGCUAAUGGCUGCAGAACAAAAGUUUACAACUACAACUGAAGAACUCUCCAAUGUAAAAGAUGAACUCUCACAUGUGAAAGAAACAUUUGAAGAAAGGUUGAUAGAAAUUCAAAAGAAGACACGAGAAGAAGUGAAAGAAGAGUUUGAAGAAAAAAUGAUGGAAAUGCAAAGAAAAAUUCAAGCACAAAUUCAAGAACAGAUGAUGCAAAUGAUGCAACAAUUUUAG